UACGUGAUCAUCACAAUGUCUACAAAACUUGCAACUCCUAGAAACAUUAAUUGUCAAUAUCUAUUCUCAAAAUCAAAUUAAUUUUCUUUCACAACAACGUACAAUGGCCAAAACACCUCACAUAGCCAUCCUUCCAAGUCCAGGAAUGGGGCACCUCAUUCCAAUGGCCGAAUUCGCUAAACGACUAGCCGAACACCACCAUAUCUCGGCCACUAUCCUCAUCCCAACAACCGGAGCUCCUCCCCAAGCCCAAAUAUCUGUCCUAGAAUCUUUGCCUGAAAAUAUCCACCACUUGUUUCUCCCACCAGUUGAUGGAGUACCACAAGGCGUCCGGCCCGAAAUAAUAAUUUCAUUCAUCAUGAAAGCUAGUCAUUCAAGUGUCCAAGAUGCUAUAAGAUCUUUGAAAGCAAACACUAAUUUGGUUGGUUUAGUGUUUGACAUGUUUGGCCAUGAUGCAAUUGAAGUUGCAAAAGAGUUUGACCUCUUUAAGUUCUUGUUUUUUCCAAUGAGUGCUAUGGCUUUGUCUUUCACUUUUAUAUUGCCAAAGCUUGAUGAAGAGUCUUCUUGUGAGUAUAAGGACUUGCCUUACCUGGUUCACGUACCCGGUUCGGUUAGUUUUCAUGGAAAGGAGUUGAUGGCCCCGGUUCAAGUCAGGACAGAUGAUGUAUACAAAGGUUAUCUUUUACUUUCCAAGCGGCUUUCUAUGUUUGAUGGUAUCAUGGUAAAUAGUUUUGAUGAGCUAGAAGAAGAAACAUUUCGAGUUUUACGAGCAAGUGUUGCUGGUAAAACACCUAUUUACUCAAUCGGGCCAUUGAUUCAGUCUGUUGACAAUGGGUCGGACCGACAUGAGUGUUUAAAGUGGUUGGAUAAUCAACCAAAUGGGUCCGUUGUGUUUGUGUGUUUUGGAAGUGGUGGAACCCUUACAUUAGACCAAGUCCAUGAGCUAGCUCAUGGCUUAGAGAUGAGUAACCAAAGGUUUUUAUGGGUAGUGAGGAGCCCAAGUAAGGCUUCAAAUGCUAACUUUUUUAACGCUGUUAGCCAGGAUGACCCUUUAGGAUUUUUACCUAAAAAGUUCCUGGCUAAUACGGUAAAAAAGGGGUUAGUGGUGUCGUCAUGGGCACCACAAAUCGAGAUACUAAGUCAUGAAGCAACCGGUGGUUUUUUGACACAUUGUGGAUGGAACUCGACUUUAGAAAGUGUGGUACAUGGGGUGCCAAUGAUUGCUUGGCCUCUUUAUGCCGAGCAACAUAUGAAUGCAAAAGUGAUGACGGAAGCACUUGGUUUGGCAUUAAAAGUUGAAACCGAUGAUAAAGGAAUCAUUACAAAAGAGGUGAUCGGGAAAGUCGUAAAGGAGUUAAUUGAGGGAGAUGAAGGGAAGAAAGUAUCCAAAAGGUUGGAACACCUAAAGGGUGCUGCCAUGAAAGCACUAAGUAAUGGAGGGUCCUCUAUGGAGUCAUUGUCUAAGUUUGUCCAGCAAUUGAAGAAAACAUCAUUUCUUUAAUUAGUGCCUCUAUUAAUUUCAUUAAAUAGUCCUUGUAUUUGCAAAUUUGUGGCAUUUUCUUUGUUUCUUUUUUAGAUCUCAACGACUCUUUGUCUAAACAAACAAUAAUAAGGUCAGUUGCGCCAUUUUCAUGAUAAA